UUUUCCAUCCAUUUUUCAGGUGAUACAAAGACGAAUGGAUGGAACCAUAAACUUUCAAAACAAAAAAUGGAAAGAUUUUGCAGAAGAAUUUGGUCGUACGGAUCACGAAUACUGGCUUGGUAACAAUGCCAUGCACGAUUUAACAAAAAGCGGGAAAAUGAAGCUAAGAAUAGACAUGAAGAGGUUUAACGGGGAUCAAGGAUUUGUACAAUACUCCACGUUUGUUGUCGGAAGUAGAUCGGAUAAGUACAAGCUGAAAGUAGCGGGAUUUCGGGGAUCAGUCGGAAUGAAGGAUUCCUUUACUCCUCAUAAUGGGAUGAAAUUCUCCAAAAAAGACAGCGACAAUGACACAUGGAGCAGUAACUGUGCCGCAUCGUACGGAAAUGGAUGGUGGUUUAAAGCCUGUCUUUAUAGUAAUCUUAAUGGUGUAUACUAUAGAAAACCAACGGUCAGUAGUAAGGGAAUUACCUGAUAUCUUUGGGGUAACAAAAGCACCUAUGAGAGUUUGAAAUAUUCAAAGAUGAUGAUCAAACCAAAGACAUAAAUGUAAUUGGAUAUGUACCAUGCUGACUAAUAAA